UGGAACGAGGCAGUUUGUUUCUCAUAGUUAUAAAUGAGGGAGGCUCGGAAGUAUAAAAAAGAAUCCCUAUAAUAGCGAACCGAUAGCGACCCAAAGACGAGUUGUCAUUCUGCUAAAUCGGAAAGCUAUCACGGCCAAAGGCGAAUGUCUUCUACAAACGUUUUUUCGAAGAUGAUUCAACUCCGAUCGAUUCUUCUUGUUUUUCUAACAAUUUUUCACGAAGAUGUGGCAGCGAUCCUUGAUGUAAUGGUUGCCGGGAAAGAGGUGCAGCGAUUUUUGGACUUCGAUCUAAAUGCAAAUCUUGUCAUCGUCAAGGAUGGACGUAUAUCACCAUUACUACAAAGUCCACAGUUUUCAAAAGUCUGGCCGACCAUCAAGGCAGGCAUCAACGAUCUGGAGUUGAAGUUCCUCUCACCUAAACGGGUAGAGUACCAACUGUCUUUGAAAUCAAGUGAUGAAAAGAUUAUGCCGACUCCUAGAGCAAACAUCCCUUUGAAAGGAAGGGUACCUAGAACGAUGACGACUUUCAAGAUCUACUUCCCAUGCAGUGGUAAAAAGACUGGAGAGGUGAAGUUAUACAUCGACAUAAGAUUCUUCGACUUGCAUUCGAAAAAGCGUCGACUCCCGCCAAUACACAUCCCUCUAAACAGAAAGUGUGUCAAAGAAAAGCCAAAAAUACAGCCUCGUACAGAAACUCGAUCUUGCCAAAAGACAUGUGACAUGGACUCGCUAAAGACAGAAUUCUGCAUUAGCGACUUCGUUGUCAGGGCCAAGAUAGAAAGAAUUGUCAAAGACAAAGGAAAAACAAAGUAUUAUUUGCGAGUGACAAAAAGAUACAAGAGAGGACGCAUCAGAAUCAGAAAGAAGCACCAACCUCUAGAAGUGAAGGGAACAAAACUCAGCUGUGAGUGUCAAAAGUUGAACGUUGGGUAUGUUUAUCUCAUUUUCGGCAGGGAAGAUCGAAGAACUGACACUCUAUUUAUUGAUGAUUAUACGAUCUCGAUGGCGUGGGGAAAGAAAUGCAAAAGGUUUGUCAGGACAAAUCGUAGGCAACUAAACUGUCCACCAAGAUUAGCGUUAAAUGCAAGAUAUCACUGAUGAGAUUGUUUACGGUGCAUUCUAAGGAACCGUGGAGGUCGAGCCAGGUCAGUAAAGCCAAGUCGAUCAAGUCAAUUUGCCAGAAGAAAACGCCAAAUAACCUUGUCUAUGACUAUUUCAAGGCAAGUUUCGUAUGCAACCGGAUGAAAAAGCUACAAAGGACAAGAAACAAAAAACUGUAAAUUUUCGAACGAGAAACAAUGUCUUAAACGGUGAACCCUCUCUGGUGCCUCAUUGUUGAGAACAUCAGACGAAUGAAGGUGCUAUUAAGUGUUUAUGAACAACUUUGCCCUACCUAAGCUUUUCACUUGAUGCUGAAUAAUGUACAGCUCUGAUGUCUUACUCCAUAUUUGUCUGGGAGGAAUUGAUAGCAAAGUAACAAAUCUAUCGUGCUUUCUACGUUUCCUGUACAGUGUCUGUGGAAGGGGGGGGAGGGGUUGGGACUGGAGUUUUAGCCCUAUUAUCAAUCCUAGAAAGUUACGUUUAAUUAUCUACCGAAUUGUCUUCAGCCCUUCCAGUCCAUAAUAUGCUUUGCUAUCUUUGAUGCUUUGCCAUUUGAAGGAAAAUAAAUGAAGACAAGAAGAGUGUAAUCUUUGAUAAAAUAAGGAAAAUAUUACGAGCGUAACUAAACAAGAAAUGAUUCCUGGAUCUCAAAUAUACAGCAUGCACCUAUACAUCAGGCUGUUAGUGUAUUUCACGUACCUAAUUAGCUUGUAUUUGCAAGUAGUCUUUCUUAGAACUUUCUUUCUGUAUUUUCACAGUAUCAGAAAUCAGAUCUUUAUUUAUUAUAUACAUAUUUAUGUAUUUUCUUUUAGAAUAGCAAAAAGAUACACUGUUCAAUAAAAAACUCAAGAAAAUAACAAUUUCUGAUUAACAGAUAAAAAGUAGAUAUAGACGGCUGAAAAAUAUCUUAUGAUCAUUUUUUAUGAUCGAAAUGAUGUCUGCCAGCCUUGUUAUUUCACUCGUUCGGGUUGGCUUAUGUUGUAUUUAUAAGUAAUUUUUUGCUAGAAUUUCUAGUCCAACUGACUUUAGCGAGAUCAGGAUUUUUUCAAGAGAAGAUAUAGAUUUGCUUUUUUAUCUUUAUGUACAGUUUGGCAAUGGAUUUAUGUGCAAUUAAUUAUUAGUGGCUGUAUACAUCGUUAAUCAUUGCACUGACAAAAUGUUUUAUAUUUAAGUAAAUCGAAACAAUCAAUACU